GGAUCCAAUCCGGUUUGAGCUAGUUCUAGUACUGAUCGGACGUUUAUGUUAAGUUACAUAGUGCUCGGGAGGUGUAGGCUGAGGUGUGGGACUGACUCAUUUAGUUUCUAAACUGUAAAAGGCCGUGCUAUUCUUUUAUCGCUGCUGCACAACCUAAGCAACAAUGGGAAGGAAAAAAUCUACCGUUGAUGCAGAUGCAAGUGCAGAGCCAAGGAGGAAGUCUCAAAGGUUGUCAGAUAGAGAGACGGAGCCAAAACCACAGCCAGAAAAGACAAAGGCACCUCCCAAGAACAAAAAGGUGAAAGAGGCAGCAAAGGCCAAGCCAGAGGAGAAGAAAGAAGAACCUCAGGCAGAGAAAGAAGAGGCUCCUGCAGAAAAUGGGGAGACCAAAGCAGAGGUGGAGCCGGCUGCAGCAGCAGACAAAAAGGAAGAGACUGAAGAGGAGGAAAAAGCAGCUGAGUAAUAGUGACAGCCCAAAACUAAAUUGCCAAUGCUCCCAUUACCUCCUUUCUUGUACAAUGCAGAGAUUAUUUUUAUCUACUAUUUUCAUAAGACAGCAAUGUUUUUAGGGAUGCAGAAAUGCAUUUUAAAAAAUACUAAUUCCAUUCAAUUUCAUGGCUUCUGUGAAGGGAAAGUUUCGGUCAUUAUGUUGGGGUUUUUUGUUUUUCAUUGUACUUGUUGUUUUUUUGUUUUGUUUUUUGUUUUUUCUGUCUCUCUGGCUUCUUAUUUUGCCUUCAGGUUGUAGUUUUCUGCAUGAGAUGCAGUCAUGCCUAAUAUCAGGAAUUUGAUGUUCAACUCCGGGAGAGUCUUAAGACAUUCCCGUCUUGAGGCAUUUUGUAACCUGUACUAUUUUGAAAUUUAAAACAUCGUAAUCCUAUGUGUUUUAUAGGGAAUAGGAUGAUUGACAGUUUGCGAGUUGUGUUCUAUGCUAAGUAAGUCUCGUUCUCAACGUUCACUUUAAUCAUGUUCACUAGUACUGAGAUUUGGUCGGACGAUUAUUAUUUUUAUUUUUUUUUUAUGCAGUCAGUGAUGGUACAUUUGAGGACAAUUAAAUUGAUCCAUAUUCUCAGUUGUGCUCAAAACUAAAUGCAAUACUUUUCAUGGUAUUUGCACUUCAAUCAACAAAAUGGAUAUGCCACAAAUUUGUGGAAAUAUUCAUAGUGGUUUGGGGAUUUCUCUACCAAUGUACAGUUUCCUCCCUUUUGUAUUAAAAAAAUAAAAAUAUAAAAAAGUUCUUUGUUAUGAAUGGUGUAAAAUGCCAAUUAAAGUGGAAAUUUCUCUUAA